AUGUGCCGCUGGCCGCUGCUCCUGCUGUGGGGGCUGCUCCCCCGCGCCGCGGCGGGGGGCUCGGGCUGGCCCUUCCCGCACCGCACGCUGCUGGACUCCGAGGGCAAGUACUGGCUGAGCUGGGGCCCGCGGGGCGGCCGGCUUGCCUUCCGCCUCGAGGUGCGGACCGCCGGCUACGUGGGCUUCGGCUUCUCGUCCACCGGGGCCAUGGCCGCGGCCGACAUCGUCGUGGGCGGGGUGGCCCGCGGGCGGCCCUACCUCCAGGAUUAUUUUACAAAUGCAAACAGAGAAUUGAGAAAAGAUGCUCAGCAAGAUUACCACCUAGAAUAUGCCAUGGAAAACAGUACACACACAGUAAUUGAGUUUGCCAGAGAACUGCAUACGUGUGACCUAAAUGACAAGAGCAUAACGGAGAGCACGGUAAGGGUGAUCUGGGCCUACCACCAUGAAGAUGUGGGAGAAGCAGGUCCCAAGUACCAUGAAUCCAAUCGUGGUACCAAGAGUCUACGGUUAUUGAAUCCUGAGAAAACCAAUAUGUUGUCUACAGCUGUACCAUACUUUGACCUGGUCAAUCAAGACGUUCCCAUCCCAAACAAAGGUACGACAUACUGGUGCCAAAUGUUUAAGAUUCCUAUGCUCCAGGAAAAGCAUCAUGUCAUAAAGGUUGAGCCCGUGAUUCAGAAAGGCCACGAGAGUCUGGUCCAUCACAUCCUGCUCUAUCAGUGCAGCAGCAACUUCAGUGACAGUGUCCUGGACGACGGGCACGAGUGUUACCACCCUAACAUGCCCGAUGCCUUCCUCACCUGUGAGACCGUCAUUUUCGCCUGGGCCAUUGGUGGAGAGGGUUUCUCCUAUCCACCUCAUGUUGGAUUAUCCCUUGGCACUCCGUUAGAUCCUCAUUAUGUGCUCCUGGAAGUCCAUUAUGACAAUCCAACAUAUAAGGAAGGCUUAAUAGAUAAUUCUGGAUUGAGAUUAUUUUAUACGGCAGAUAUAAGGAAAUACGAUGCUGGGGUUAUUGAGGCUGGCCUCUGGGUAAGCCUGUUUCACACCAUCCCUCCAGGCCUGCCUGACUUCCGGUCUGAGGGUCACUGCACCCUGGAAUGCCUGGAAGAGGCUUUGGAAGCUGAAAACCCAAGUGGCAUCCAUGUUUUUGCUGUUCUGCUCCACGCUCACCUGGCAGGCAGAGGCAUCAGGCUGCGUCAUUUUCGCAAAGGGGAGGAAAUGAGGUUACUCGCUUAUGAUGACGAUUUUGACUUCAAUUUCCAGGAGUUUCAGUACUUGAAAGAAGAGCAGACAAUCUUACCCGGAGAUAAUCUAAUUACUGAGUGUCGCUACAACACAAAAGAUAGAGCCCGGAUGACUUGGGGAGGAUUAAGCACCAGAAAUGAAAUGUGUCUCUCAUACCUUCUCUAUUACCCAAGAAUCAAUCUUACUCGAUGUGCAAGUAUCCCAGACAUCAUGGAGCAACUUCAGUUCAUUGGUGUUAAGGAGAUCUACAGGCCAGUCACGACCUGGCCUUUCAUUAUCAAAAGCCCUAAGCAGUAUAAAAACCUUUCUUUCAUGGAUGCAAUGAACAAGUUUAAAUGGACUAAAAAGGAAGGACUUGCCUUCAAUAAGCUUGUCCUUAGCCUGCCGGUCAACGUGAGAUGUUCCAAGACAGACAACGCAGAGUGGUCGAUUCAAGGCAUGACAGCAUUACCUCCAGAUAUAGAAAGACCAUAUCAAGCAGAGCCCUUGGUGUGCGGAGCUUCUUCCACUUCCCUGCGUGGAAAUGUCUGUCUCGAGCUGCUCCUGAGCUUCGUGGUCCUGGGCAGCACACUCAGCACCAGGAGCUUCUGCCUGUAAUUCUGUCCUGCUCGGUGACCAUGGUUUUCCGUGAUCUGAGCCUGACAUUUCACGUGCAGGUUAAGGACAUUAUGAGGUGUGAAGGAUGAGGGUGAAGACCUUGAAGACUUCUUUCACAGGUUCCCUUCCUCCUGUCCCCUCUUCCUUCCCAGGUUUCCUGAGAGAUGUCCGUCAGGUUCUCAUCUUUUCCUCAGAAAUAUCUGGUAAAAUGUAUGAAUCGUUCAGUAAAGCAAA